AUGGAGAUAGCAAGUCCUCGGUCACGGCACAUUCUCCGCAAGUCCUUUGCGUGUGAUGAGUGCAAGCGUCGUAAGAUCCGCUGCUCCGGCGACCAAAACUGCUCCAAUUGUGUGCGAGACGUCAAACCGUGCCACUAUUCCUCGCCGUCCCAGCGGCUAUCGACGCUCCAAAGGCGCCUGCAAGAAUGUGAACGUUGGAAACACGACAUGGAGCGGGCGUGGGCUGCCUAUCUCCCUUCUGUUGAUCUGCAAGAAGCGCUUCGAACAGUCCGCCAACAGAAUGGCUCUAUACCAGCUGUUCAAAAGAAAGACAAACUGCACAAUGACGUGACUCAUUCCACUGAGCAGCCGCCUACCAGCUUUGCCGAACACAGCAAUGCCGAAGACUACGAGUUUGACGAAUCGCAAGAUUUUGACAACACCACGGACGGUAUGGGGUUUCUCACCGUCGACCCGCACAAGGCCGGCUAUACAGGGCCUCAGUCUGGUGUUGCCGCAUUGAAGUUUCUUCAAUCACUUCCUCUCUAUCUUCCGUUGAGCAGUUUCAAUCCGGCAUCUUCGCUGGAUGACGAUGAUGUGUCCGAGUCUGGCUUGCAAAAGAAAAGAGAAGACAUAUCCCAGUAUCUCGAUGACUAUUUCAUGUUCUAUCAUCCGAGCUAUCCUAUUCUCCACGAAGGCACAUUCCGUGCUCGAGUAUCAGGUGCAUUGGCUAAACCCCGGGAUGGUUCGUGGCCACUACUAUACAACAUCGUCCUUGCGAUCGGGGCAUUCGUUGGUGACUCCAACGGAACAAAGGCAGAUGUUCCCUAUUUCAAAGAGGCACGAAAGCAUUUGGCCAUGGAUGUGCUGGAAAAAGGAUCACUCAGCUACGUUCAAGCUAUUGUGCUGAUGGCCAACUACUUGCAGAAACGGAAUAAGCCCAACGCAGGUUUUAUCCUCAUCGGAAUUGGCUUCAGCAUGGCACUGGCGAUUGGUCUACAUCGUGAAUUCGGCAUGCCCAGUACCUCUCCGUUUACCAUGGAGAUUCGACGGCGCGUAUGGUGGACAUUGUUUGUUUUUGUUUCCGGAAUGCAGUUGAUUCUUGGGCGCCCAGCUGUCUCAUUGGUAGGAGUCAACGUUCGACUACCAGCCAGUCUCGACGAUCAUGAUUUGGCUGUUGAUAUGGAUGAACUGCCUGAAGGCAGAUCAGGACCGACAAUCACUUCUUGUCUCAUCGCGCAAGUCAAACUGGCCAAGAUCGCCAAUGCAGUGCAGGUCGAACUACUGACCCAUCAUCUACCAACAUACGAAAAAGCUCAUGACUUAGAACAACGGAUCACAUCAUGGUGCCACGACCUGCCACCUCAUUUCAACCCAGAUGUGGAUCUGGAGCCACGGUUUGAUAUUCCACGCCGAGUUCUACUGUGGAGAUCAUUCCAUCUGCGGAUUGUCAUCAACCGCCCUUUUCUAUUCCAGAACAUUGCACUCAAGGCUGAGCUAGCAACAACCGCUGGUCCGAUCGCAUCUUGUCUUGCCGCAGCAGACGAAUGCGUAACGUCAAUCUGCGGCUUCCUCGAGUCGACGGAUAAUCGAAGACGGGGACUAACAUGGUAUGCAACGUGCUGGCUGCUUACUGCCAGUUUUGUCCAGGCUACCUGCUAUAUCUACGAGCCAGGACAUGCUCUUGCUGCGUCGUGGAAGUGUCAUAUUCAGCGUGCUGUGGACUGUUUGGGAAGUUUAGGGCCUUCCCACGACAUGGCUUUACGAGCGAGAGAUGUGCUACAGAAAAUACUUGAACACGGCCACGGACUCGGACUCCCUGAUGCUGGCCCCUAUUCUCCAACACAAAUCCCAGCCCCAUUCCGUGCCCUAUGGACUCCAUCGCACAAUGACAACGACCAAGCAAAUUACAACCUCCUGUCCAUGGGACUGGCAGAUAGCUUUGCGGGAUAUCCCCAGGGAUCAUUCAAUGCAGAGUUCCUAGAUGCAGCCGGUGGUUUGAUGAUACAGAACUUCUUUGACAGUUCGGAGGAACGACCGCAGAAUAGUUCGUGGAUGCCGGGUUAG